CUUAUUGAAUAUGGGAAACAUUGUCUUCAUAACAAGCUACAAUGCUUCAACAGCUUCUUUCUAUAGACGACCUUUCCCUACUUUCCUGUCCCAUGUUCUCACAGGCCAUUUGCUGGCUAAGGCUAUUACACCAAAGUUCUGUCAUGGCAAAGUCAAAGUAUGAAUAUGUGAAGAGAUUUGAAGUUGUCGACACCUGUCUCCCCAAUACGUGGCUGGUGGUGCGACUGGAUGGACGCAGCUUCACCAAGUUCACGUGCGAGCACAAGAUGACUAAACCCAGUGACGAGCGUGGGCUAGGUCUAAUGAACAAGUGUGCAGAGGUUGUUAUGAGGGAGUUCUCUGAUCUUGUCCUCUCUUAUGGGCAGAGCGAUGAGUUCAGCUUCGUACUCAAGAGAGAGACCACCCUCUUCAGCCGCAGAGCAAGCAAGAUUAUGACCACCAUCUCCUCGUUUUUUGCUGCCUCCUACGUGUUCCACUGGCCCUCCUAUUUCCCGGACACGCCCCUUCUCUAUCCGCCCACAUUCGAUGGCCGAGUGGUCCUCUACCCAACCCCCUCCAACCUCAGGGACUACCUCUCCUGGAGACAAGCCGACUGUCACAUCAACAAUCUGUACAACACUUGCUUCUGGGCACUAGUUCAUUCCGGUCUCUCCACAACUGAGGCACAGGCUAAACUAUCUGGAUCUGUCUCAGCUGACAAGAAUGAGCUUCUCUUCUCUCAAUUUGGUAUAAACUACAACCACACUUCAGAGAUGUUUAGAAAAGGCACAGUUCUCCUAUGGACCCCUGUUCCCUCCAAAGACCCAUUAACCAACAAACCAGAACAAGAGAUUGUUAGCUCUCCCAAGGCAGACAUUACAACAAGAAGUGUGCAGGAUGGUGGUGCAGGUGCCAGUGGCAGUAAGAAGACUAAGAAAACAAUUAGAACACUUCAUUGUGAUAUUAUUAGUGACGAGUUUUGGAGAGAGCAUCCGGACAUUUUGAAUCUCAAAUGAAGUCUCUCUGUUUGUUGUUAUUGUGCAAAUCAUGAAUGAAUUCAUAACACCAUUAA